UUACUCUUGAAAGUAGAUGUGGCCCGAUACAGAUUAAAACGGGCCAUUUAGGAGACAGGCUCAUCUGGGAAAACACUUGCUUUAUCCCUUUAGUUCUGGUAAGUGGUUAAUAAAUUACUAAAUGCACGUCACAUGGACAAACAUGGUCACGUGCAAAUUGCAAUGAUCCAAGGGAAAUCUCAACUCUUUGAUUAAUCUAGCUUGCCAGAUCUUAUCAACUUAGUUAAACGACAAUAAAAUGCACUGGUCCCCAGAAACUCGACCUGUUUCAGUGGCAUAACCCGACGUAAGCUGUUUCUCGCUGAGCACAUUGUCCCCAUUUCCAAUUCCCAGGUACCGCACGCCUCUGCCUACACAUUGAUCGUGAUCUCUUUUUCAAUCUUCCUAUGAUCAUCAAUUCAGUUCCUAAAGCCAAGAAGGGUAAACCGGCAAUGUUACCCCAAGACAAAAAAAAAAAAAAAAUCAUGUUAAGCAUAAUUUAUGAGACAGCCUAAUAACAAUGACAUCCUCAAAUCACACUUACAAGGGGUCAAGUGUAAUAAUUUCUUCCAACAGAACAUAGCCAUCCUUGGAUGUCUAUAAAUUAUUUCUAUCAGCAGAACUGGCAAUCACAGCACAAUAAUAGACAGCAGAGAAUGGCCUACGCCUUGGUUGCAGUUCUAUUUCUAGCUAUUUCCCACAACACAGCCCUGGGGGUACCAGCAGCGAGCCCUGGCAUCAUGGCUCCAGCUGUGCUGCCAAGUGCAGCCAGAGAAUUCCUGGAAGCACACAACCAAGCAAGAGCCGCAGUUGGGGUUGGACCUCUCAAGUGGAGUGAGCAAUUAGCCAAUGCCACAAGCCUCCUUGCUAGUUACCAGAGGAACAAAAUGGGUUGUCAGUUUGCAAACCUGACAGAUCACAAGUAUGGAGCGAACCAGUUACGGGGCAGUGGAGCAGCCGUGACGCCACGCUUGGCAGUCGAUACAUGGGUGAAAGAGAAGACUUACUAUGAUUAUGCCAGCAAUUCUUGUGCUCCGAAUCAUAGGUGUGGAGUCUACACGCAAGUGGUUUGGAAGAACUCGUCGGAGCUGGGGUGUGCACAAGUCACGUGCAAGGACCAAAUUACUUUAACUAUUUGUUUCUAUAAUCCUCCUGGAAAUUAUGUUGGAGAGAGGCCAUACUAGAAAAUUAGCUAUACAUAGCUUGUUUUAGGAUCUGAUCUGGGUAAUAUAUGUCUUGAUUCCUGAAAGCUUUGAGAGGGCCAGCUUGAUUUAGUCUCCUGUACUGGAUGUAAGUAGAGAACGAUGUUGUAUAUCAUCCGAUGUCCAUAAUUUGGAUCCUGAAUAACGCCAAUAAUUGUUGUGAAAAGGUUUCUCUCAUACAUUUUUCUUUCAUUUUCUUUACAAUUUGGGGAGAGCGUGACCACUUUUUUAAGAAUGAUUAAUCAUGAAAUUAACCAUUAAAAGUGGGGGUGAGACUUGGGAGAUUCAAGCUAUAAUGUUGAACUUGAUCACUGAAAGGAGCAACCAAAAUGAGAUCCAAUAAUUCAGGUGAAUGCUUUGAGCAGCUGAAAUGGAGAUCGUACCGUGGCUAAAACUGAUGCACUCGACCGACAGAAUAGAACCCGU